AUGAAGCUGUAUGUAAAGAGGGUGAAUGCAAAAGGUGGCAUGUUUACACUCAAUGUCGACAGUAAAGACACCGUAGCAAGUUUGAAGGAAAGAAUUGGUGGAAUUCUGGAUCUGUUCCCAGACGCCCUGCGUUUGCUUCAUCAGGGACAUCUUCUUAGCAAUAUUGACGCGAGUAUCGAGUCAUACGGCAUUGAAGAUAGCAACCGGAUCAAUGUUGUUAAUGUUCCGUCUAAUGAUAUGAACCCGAUAGUUUCAAAAGCUUUGAGCAGUUUUCUUUUUGACCAAUGUCCUGCAAGCGCCCUGCCAGCGAUUGCCGAGAAAUACCAUAUUACUUUGGCAAAAAAAGUUAAAAGCUUCAGUUUGGAAGAGUUGGAGCGUUAUGCGAAAUUCAGAAAUCAACACAUUUCUUGA